GAUUUAUCACAGAGAAUUACCACAGUGGCCAGACAAAGGCUUUUUGCUUCAUCGACUCUCUCUCACACACACACUGCCCUUCGGUCAAUGGCUUCUUGGAACACUAGUUAAGAGCUAGUAACAAGGAACCUUACCGAUUAGCAGUCAGAUCAUAUGAAGUCCUCAUUCUUUUGGCGAGGCUUUCAGGCGGCUGAUUUGAAUGCACUCUUACCAAACAAAUUUCUUAGAGCAUUUACUGAGGUGACUGAAGAGAGACUGAAUUCUGGGACUAAAAUUGUUCUCUUAUCGCAUUCGACUUGUAAGCAGAGAAACAGAGAAAAAAGAUGGGUGAGGAGCUUAUUGAGCUUAAAUUCCGCAUUUAUGAUGGGACAGAUAUAGCACACAGUACCUACGCGUCAUCUAUGACUGUUGCAAAUCUUAAGCUAAAGAUUGUUGUGGGGUGGCCCCGAGACAAAACAAUAGCACCAAAAUCAAUAAAAGAUUUGAAACCUACACAUGGUGGUAGAGUUCUGGAAAACAACAAAACUCUCGCUGAUUCCAGGAUAACAAUUGGCGACCUUCCUGUUGGUUUUAUCAUAAUGCACGUGGUACUACAGCCAGCUAAAGGAAAAAAUAAGACAGAAAAGAGCCAGGAGGAUAAGCAGAAGCUGAAUUCAUGCGGGUGUGUUAUUCUUUAAUCCGUAAGCAAUUUCCCUAAUGGGUGUGUCAACUUGUCAUCGGAAAA